AUGGUAUCCAAAAACUUCCUCAUAACAGGCGCAGCCCGAGGCAUCGGCCGUGGCCUCAGCCGCCUUCUUCUUCAAAAAGGCCACCGAGUGAUGCUUGUGGACAACAACAUCACCGAACUGAACCACAUCAACAACCUCCUUUCCCAGCAAUACCAACCCGACCGAGACUUCCAAUCGAUCCAAUGCAAUCUGCGAAGUCCGAUAGAGAUCAAAGGCACUGCGGAAGCUGCACGGCAAUUCUUCUCUGGCCAUGUGGAUUGUUUGAUCAACAACGCGGCGAACACGAGUGGCGUAGGUGGGAGUCAUUUCUCCGAACUGACGUUGGAGGAUUGGAAUGCUUCUGUUGAGACGAACCUUACGGCGCCCAUGUUACUCAGUCAGGCAUGUCUAUCGAUAUUGCAGAAGACCGGCGCACGGACGAGUGGAGGGUGUAUCAUCCACAUGUCCUCAACACGAGCCUUCAUGAGCGAGGUCAAUAAUGAGCCUUACUCGGCGACCAAAGCUGGGUUGUUGGGAUUGACGCAGUCGAUGGCGACGAGUCUGGCGCCGUUGAAUAUUCGUGUCAACGCUAUUUUGCCGGGAUGGAUUCAUGUGCAGAGUGAAUGUAAGGAGGCGGAUGAGGAGGGACAGGCGUGGGAGGAGGGUUUGAGUAAGAAUGAUCAUGAGUGGCAUUUGAAUGGUAGGGUGGGACGAGUGGAGGAUGUUUUGAGGGCGGUGGAGUAUCUCGUCGAGAGCGAAUUUGUGACAGGGGCGGAGACGGUUGUGGAUGGGGGAGUUACUCGAAAGAUGGUCUGCCCAGAAGACUGA